AUGAAGGCCAACUGCAAGUCAUCACCCCAGGGUCCCAAGAGCCUUCAGGCCCAGAUGCCUCGCAAAUACCCCCAGAGCGAAGGGAAACGGGCGGGGCGGGGCGCGGCGUGGGGGCUGGGAGCAGGGGUUGCCCUGUGCCCCCGGCGGAGCUGUUCUGCCCUGCUGCCGGGCGCCCCGGCCAGCGGGAACUCCCGGCGGGGUGUGCGGGGGGAGGGCUCUCCGCUUGGAGGCGCCUUCGCCAAUCAGCUGCCCGGGCGGGGGAGCCGCUCCCGCGGCGGGGCUGGGCGUGUGCACUGGGCUGACUGGAGCCGGGCGCUGCUGAGCCGCGGUGGCUAUUUUCCUCCCGUGGCGCUCGGGGCAGCAGCGGGGCGGCGCAGGGCCACUGGGGGAGCGCAGCGGGCUCGGGCGCCCAGGGAGCGGCUCCAGGCGGUGGCGAUGCCGGCCGGGUGCCCGCGAUGGCCUCAGAGGAGUGCCGCUCGCCCGUGGGGCUGGACUGCUGCAGCUGCUGCCUGGACCUGGCCAACCGCAGCGGCCUGGAGGAGGGGGCCGGGGGGCGAAAACAACAACCUGGGCAGCCCCACGGUGAGCAACUUCCGGCAGCUCCGGGCGCAGCUAGUGUGCGAGAACCUGAACGCCGACAAGCUGAGCAGCAUCAUGCGGCAGGACUCGCUGGAGCCCGUGGUGCGGGACCCCUGCUACCUGCUCAACCAGGGCAUCUGCAACAGCAAUAUCGACCAGACCCUGCUCUCCAUCCUGCUCCUCUUCCACAGGGGGAUCCCACAGACAUGGGGAUAGAGGCACAGACCUCCUCUGAACUACAGAUACCUCAGCCAUUCAGACGUCAGCCACUCAGAACCUCUCUAGGAAAACGCACCCAAGUGCUAGCACACAGACGCCUUGCUGGAGUGUCCGAGGAGGCCGGUUCCUGUUGGCUGGGCAUGCUGUGGAACAGAGGAACAUCCCUCGGUGCAGAGAUCCAGGAGCAGAGUGCACGUUCCCGGAAGGAUGGGCUGCUGCAUUCGUCCAUUGCUGCUUGGGUCGCUGGGUGCCAGAGAGCAGAGAGAAGGGAGCUAACACAGCACUAUGGAGUGCAUGAGCAAAUACAUCCAAGUAUGCAAAUGUCUGAGCCAAAAGCAGCCCUCUCUCCUAGCGAAAGCUGGGCUGGAAACAGCUGGCAGGCCCAACUCAAGGGACCUCACAGAGAAUCGCUGGCUGUCUGGUGAGAGGCCGAGUACCUUGGGGCAGGGACCGCACCUUGCUUGGCAUUUCUGAGCCCAGUCAGCCUGUUGCUCAGCAUUGCUGGGGAGGGGGGGUAGGGGCCCGCAAGGACACUGGGAUGCAGCAUGUGUUAUAAACAUCCCACUCUCCAGUGAGAGCUCCGAUUGGGGCCUGCAGUGCAAGGAGCCCCGGGGCUGCUGACAGAUUGUGUAAAUGUCAUGCACACGCACACCGCUGAGCCGUAACCCUGCUUCUCCGACUCCACAACCACGCCAGCUGACACACAGGUGAUAGUAGCAGUAGUAGGCUUCUUAUCCUGGGUGUGGGCCCAGUGCACUAGAUAGCAGCAUCGUGCUCUCAGACACAGACCCACAAAGCCAGGACAUUACACACUAUACCUGCACAGAGCAUGCUACCCUGUGGAUCCUCCACUUUAGCAUGGCAGAUGGAGGGGCUCAGAGUUUAGUAGCCCUGCACCCGUGUUCAAUACACACAUGCAGCCCACGAUUCACUGCCAUGAUGCAAGUGUCUGUUCUGCAGGAAGAGUGACCCUACCUCUCCCCUGGCGCUCAUGGUACCCAUCUGGUCAUGGUACCCACCCAGCCCUCUAGCAUGUGCAGUUCAGGGACUCCUGGGGAACACAUGCCUGUGCCAAGAGCACACUGUGGCCACCAAGGCUGUCGUCCGUUUAUGCAGCCCAGAGCCUGCGCUGGCUCGUACGGCCCAGAGCAGCCUGGCACAAAGCUGCUGCCCCCCAGGAGCAAUAACUCUUGUUGCAUCCCCUUGGGGGAGCAGCAUCUUCCUAAGGCCCUUUCUCUUAGGCACCUUCGGCCUGCACAUGCAGCGGCCAGCCGCCAGGGGGCGCUUUGUGCCCGCGAGGAAGGGAGGGAACCACCAGCCGGCGCCGUUGGAAGCUGUUGGACUCGAAAGUCAAAACAUGUUUUGUAGAAGCUUAU